GCGGCGUGGCCGGUGCCGGUCUCAGCGGGAGCUCUGCCGGAGCCGCGGGGGCAGGCACAGCCCACUGAUGGAGCAGAGCAGGACCUGCUCCAAGCUGGCACCAAAUCUGGCACCAACCUCACUGUGAGCAGCUCUGGCCCCCGAGCACUGAGUGCUGUGCAGGAGAAGGAGCCCCCACAUAACAGGGGCUUGGGCAGCUCACCUGGAGCAGCUUCCAGCUCUGAGAAGGGAACAAGAAGUCUGUGUGGAAACACUCUGGAAAUAAAGGCAGCAGCAUGAACCUGAAGAAGUACCUGGUCCGGGCACUGCACCGCCUGCAGAAGGGCCCUGGCUACACCUACAAGGAGCUGCUGGUCUGGUACUGCGACAACACCAACACCCACGGCCCCAAGCGCAUCAUCAAGGAGGGGCCCAAGAAGAAAUUCAUCUGGUUCUUCCUAACGUUGCUCUUUGCAUCCCUGGUGUUCUGGCAGUGGGGGAUCCUCAUCAACACCUACUUGUCCUACAAUGUCACCUCAUCUCUCUCCAUCGGUUUUAAGACGAUGAAGUUCCCCGCAGUCACUGUCUGCAAUGCCAACCCUUUCAAGUACUCGGAGGUGAAGCCCCUGCUGAAGGAGCUGGACAGGCUCAUCGAGGCAGCGCUGGAGCGGAUCCUGCAGCCCACGCCAGGGAACAUCAGCGAGGACGUGUCCCCACCACUGGACCUGCGGCUCUGGAACCAGAUCCCCCUGGUCCUCAUCGACGAGCACGACAAAGACAACCCUGUCAUCCUGGACAUCUUUGAGACCAACCAGACUGCUGGGGGCAACGAGACCACUGGGGGCAACGAGACCACUGGGGGCAACGAGACCUCUGCGAGCAACGAAACUGCUGGGGACAACCAGAACACUGCAGGCAAUGAAACCACCAUGCACGGUGAAACCACUGCAGGGAACCAAACCACUGCUCCACCUGCCCCAGCCAACACAACAACAGAAGAGAAGAAGUACAAGCUGGCGGUGAAGCUGUGCAGCCACGAGGGCUCCAACAACUGCACGUACCGGAACUUCACCAGCGCGGCGCAGGCGGUGACCGAGUGGUACAUCCUGCAAUCCACCUCCAUCCUCUCCAAGGUCCCGCUGCAUGACAGGAUCAGGAUGGGCUACCAGGCAGAGGACAUGAUCCUGGCGUGUCUCUAUGGGGCUGAGCCCUGCAACUACAAGAAUUUCACCCAAAUCUACCACCCAGACCACGGUAACUGCUACAUCUUUAACUGGGGCAUGGAUGAAGAGGCUUUGAAUUCUUCCAACCCUGGAGCUGAGUUUGGGUUGAAGCUGAUUCUGGACAUCAGUCAGCAGGACUACAUCCCCUACCUGUCCUCUGCUGCCGGGGCCAGGCUCAUGCUGCACCAACAGAAGAGCUUCCCCUUCCUCAAGGAUCAGGGCAUCUACGCCAUGGCCGGGACAGAAACCUCCAUCGGAGUGCUGGUGGAUGAGCUGGAGCGGAUGGGCUAUCCCUACAGCGACUGCACCAUGAAUGGCUCUGAUGUGCCUGUCAAAAACCUCUACAACCAGUACAACACCUCCUACUCCAUACAGGCUUGCCUGCGCUCCUGUUUCCAAAACCACAUGGUUGAGAUCUGUGGAUGUGGCCACUACAUGUUCCCUUUACCCAAAGGGGUGAAUUACUGCAAUAACGAGGAUAACCCGGGCUGGGCAUAUUGCUAUUCCUCACUGAGAUCCAGCAUAAAACAACGACAGAUCUGCAUUGACUCCUGUAAGGAAACAUGCAAUGACACGCAGUACAAGAUGACCAUCUCCAUGGCAGACUGGCCAUCAGAAGCCUCUGAGGACUGGAUUUUCCAUAUUCUGUCUUAUGAAAGGGAUAUGUCAACAAAUGUGACUCUGGACAGGAACGGGAUUAUCAAGCUGAACAUUUAUUUCCAGGAAUACAACUACCGUACCAUCUCGGAGUCGGCUGCCACGACGAUUGUUUGGCUACUCUCGAGCCUUGGAGGCCAGUUUGGGUUCUGGAUGGGUGGCUCAGUGCUAUGCCUCAUCGAGUUUGGGGAGAUCAUCAUUGACUCGCUGUGGAUCACCAUCAUCAACGUGAUCGGCUGGUGCAAAGGGCUGAAGCAGAGGCGGGUGCGGGCACAGUACCCGGACACUCCUCCCACGGUGUCGGAGCUGGUGGAGGCUCACACCAACCUGGGCUUCCAGCACGAGGCCGUGGGUGCCCUGCCCAGAGAGGAACCACUGCCCCCCGAACCUGGCACUCCCCCCCCCAACUACGACUCGCUGCGUGUGCAGCCCCUCGAUGUCCUCAGUCCCGACAGUGACGUGGAGACGGAGUGAGCAGAGUGCCCUGGCACCUCCUGCCAGCUGCCAUCGCCACGCUGUGUGUCACCCACUGAGCAACCAUCUACUCUCUGCCAAAGUUAGGAGGGAAUUAAAAAGCCCUGGCUGUCCUCCCCCUUGACUAAUCACUGGGAGGAAGCUCUGCCUAAUAAACCCUGCAAUAAACCUCACAGAAUCAGCCUCUG